UAAUGGCGUCUACACAAUACUUAGUGCACUCUAUAUGGUGUAGGACGUAAUUUGGAAUUCAGCCGCGGACCAGCCUGCAAACACACAGUUUAUCCUCAACACGGAGACCAUGAACAUCAUUUAGCAACGGCUAGGUCGCGCAGUGUUUAAUAAAUCUCAUAUUUAGGGAGGAUAUAAGAAGCGGCAAAGGUUGCUAGACAUUAGGUUUAAAAGUGGACUGUUAAUAUGGAUGCGGUCUCUGUCUGUGAUGAGCACUGUGUGAUAAGUGAAAUAAAUCAGACGACGGCAGAAGGACCUGCUCUGAGUGAGAUCCCGAAGGUGUCAUUAUGUCCUCCAGACAGUGAGGAUGCAGAGUCUCCCAUGAAUGAAGUCCCCAUAGAGGGGGACCACAUCAACCAUCUGUCCACACCACCUUCUUCAUCUCAACUGUAUGACCAAGUGUUGCAGAGUCAUGCGUACCAGUCACCUCGACUCAAGAGAUGCCCGUGCUGUAACCACCAGCAGCCAAUCACAGACGUCUGUCUGAAUCAAACAAAUGUGUCUUCUCAUUCAGACUGCGCAAGCAAUGCUGUCAAGACAGUUAACAAGAGCAGUCCCUUCCACCAGCCUACAUGUCACAACACAAUGCAGUGUCAUUGGCUGCAAGGAUCACGUGAUGGCAGUAACUACAAGCCUGUUCAGCAUCAUGUGGUGACAGUCAGGACCGAGAGACUCCAUCGGAUUCCAAAGAACUACUCCCAGGUCAUAGUGGAAUACCCGAUGACAGUUCUUAUCUCAUGUGCAGUAGUACUCCUUGCCUUCUCCCUAGCAGGGAUUUUGAUUGGUCCUCUGCCAGAUUUUUCAGAUCCUUUAGCAGGAUUUGAGCCACGUGGAACAGACAUUGGGAUUAGACUGGCAGCCUGGGCAAAGCUGCAGGAAAGUACUGGGCCUGGGAAGGCACUAUCUCUGACAUCUAAGCAGUUUGAAGACCAAAGUAUAGCACGAGAGGUCACCAGUAAAACCCAGCAGCACUUAAGACAUCGUUCAAGGAGAAUGCUACAUACAGACACUACUGAGAACGCCUAUUUUUGCAAUGAUCCAGGAGAUCGCUAUGCCCAGCUGGUAUUCCGCUCAGGAAACUCCGACAGUCUCUGGAGUCUGAAGGCAAUCUAUUCCAUGUGUGAGAUGGAGCAAACCCAGAUACGUUCAGAUGUACACUUCAAAGAACUCUGUCAGGUCAAAUCAAAAUCAGAGGCUGCUGGCAACAAGGGUAAGGGAGAGUGCUGUCCAAGCUGGUCCCUGGGGAACUUCCUGGCUCUCCUCAACAAUGUCUCCUCCUGCUUCAGUCUUACAGCUCAGCAAGUGUCGGACAGUUUAAGCUUGCUCAGAUACUGUGCCCCUUACUACCAUGAUGGAAGCCUCGUUGCAUCGUGUGCAGAGAGAAGCAAAUAUGGCUACUGUGCAUCUGUCCCACAUUCCUGCAAGCACUCCAGCAUCAUCUAUCAGAUUCUACAUUACCUGGUGGAUAAGGAUUUCCUGGGGCCUCAGACCGUUGAAUACCAGGUUCCAUCCCUAAAAUAUAGUGUCCUGUUCCUACCAAUGGCAAAAGGAAAUGCAUUAAUGGAGAUUUAUCUAAAACAUCUAGAAGGUCAUGAGUUAACAUACAACAAUACUACGAUAACAGGGAUGGACUUGGGGAUUAAGCAAAAGCUUUUCAAAUAUUACCUCUCAAGAGACUCUGUCUACCCCAUUAUCACAGUUCUCGCGCUGCUACUUACAAUGGCCUUAUAUCUUAGAUCAUUCCUUUUAUCAGCUAUGUCACUGGUUGCAGUCACAUUAUCACUUUUGACAUCUUAUUUUUUCUACAAAGUUGUAUUUGGCCUAUUGUUUUUUCCACUUCUGAAUCUCAUGGCAGUUCUUGUCCUAUUGGGAAGUUGCUCAAAUCAAGCCUUCACCUUUAAUGACUUUUGGAAGUCCCAACUGAGCCAUAAUCCUCCAGCUGCACUAGAUAAGAGAAUCCACCGUGUCUUACAGGAAAUGGGGUACUUGAUCUUGGUGUCUGGCUUGACAUCCAGCAUCACAUUCUACUCAGGCUACAUAUGUAGCAUUACAGUGGUGCGGUGUUUUGCUGUGUAUCUUGGUAGUGCCUCUUUAAUCAACACACUUUUCGCUCUUGUUUGGCUUCCCUGUGCCAUUGUUUUGCAAGAGCGACAUGCUGCAGGAGCUUCCACGUCUGCUUCUAAGCCAUCAUGGAAGCCAUGUUGCUCAAAAAAUCCUGGUGGAUUUUGGGACACAAGUUCAAGGAAGCGGUGCCUUUUCACAAUGGGACAGAAAUUUCGGGGCCUAAAACGUGGACUCUCAGAUACAUCAAAUCUAAUUUUUUUAAAAGUCCUACCCUGUGGUGUCGUUAAGUUUCGAUACAUAUGGAUCUGCUGUUUUGCAGUCCUGGCUGCAGGAGGAAUUUACAUUUCAUGUGUAGACCCUGGCAUGAAACUGCCAUCCUCAGACAGUAGGGCAACUCAGCUGUUUCGCUCCAGUCAUCCAUUUGAAAGAUAUGAUGCUGAAUACCGCCAUCAGUUCAUGUUUGAGCGAAUGAAACAAGGAGAGGAUAAGCCUAUGACCAUGACUCUCAUCUGGGGUGUCACCCCAGCCAAUGAUGAUGAUCGUUUCAAUCCAAGAAGCAAUGGCUCCUUUACCAUGGACCCAGAAUUCAAUAUGAGUAGCUCUGAAGCCCAAGUGUGGUUGCGAAAGCUAUGUGGAAAAAUUAGAAACCAGAGUUUUUAUUCAACAUCACCAGCAGACCAAGAAGCAGUGGUAGACAAUACCUGUUUUGUGGAAGACUUGAUUCACUGGGUAUCUAUUCGCCGUUGUUCUGAAAAUGAGGAUGCUUUCAGUUUCUGCUGCAACAAUAUUACAUUCCCCUACCCUCCCAGUGUUUUCGAGCGGUGUCUCAAAAUGAUGACGGAAGAACGACAGGCAGAGACAGGUUCACCUAGGAAUGGGGGCCUUCGUUUUGAUUCACAAAAUCGAAUUGCUGCCCUUGUUGUGGUAUUUAAGACAUCACAGAAUUAUAGCUUUAACUUCAGCAGAACUUCAAAUUUCUAUAAACAGAUCAUGUCUUGGUUCAAUAACGAGAUUUCUAGCGCUCCACCUGGACUGCAGACAGGGUGGUUUGUGAGCCAAUUAUUGUUGUAUGACCUCCAGCAAUGUCUGAGCUCAGAGACAUUAGUAGUAGCAGGCUUUUCUGUCGCCCUUACAUUUGUAUCGCUUCUGCUCACCACUUGGAAUAUACCAUUAAGCAUUUUUGUGACGUUUGCUGUCGGGGGAAGUGUUUUUGUUACUGUUGGCCUGCUUGUGCUUUUAGAAUGGCAGUUAAAUAGUGUGGAAGCACUGUUCAUUUCAACUGCUGCAGGCCUCUCUGUUGACUUUGCAGCCAAUUACUGCAUUUCUUACUGCCUGGCCCCACACACUGACAGACUGGGAAGGGUCGCAUAUUCUCUGAAGAAAAUGGGUUGUCCAGUAGCCACAGGUGCAGGAGCAUACUUUUGUGUUGGGAUUAUAAUGCUACCGGCAACUGCACUGCUUUUCCGGAAGCUUGGGAUAUUUCUCCUUCUCGUGAAGUGUGUGGCAUGCGGGUUUGCCACUUUUUUCUUUCAGUCACUCUGUUGCUUCUUUGGUCCGGAGAAGAACUGCGGGAAAAUAAUCAUACCAUGUGCAAAAGAGAGAGCCACAGAAAAUAUACCACCUUCUUGUUCAGGUGCUGAAGCAGGAAACAACAAUCCAUCAGCUAACGGUACAUUCAGCUGCGGUACUGGCACGGGAUCACAAGGGAGAAGAAAUUGUAAUAAAGAAGGUGGUGGAGCAUUCUUGUGCCCCAAUCAGCACCGCCACAGGCAACAUCAGUCAAGGCUAGGGAGGGAGCCAGAGCAGUAUGAGCUGCAACCCCUUGCCUGUCAUCUAAGUGACAGCUUUGAAAACAGCACUUGCACCAGCAAGCUGUCCAACAGACCUUCUGUUCUUUCAGAUGACAUUGAGUUCUGUGGUCUCAGUCCAAAGCGAUAUUACGACAGGAUUAGCACUGAAUCUGUGAGUGAGGAAAUAUGCAGCAGACACCUCAAACGUUGUGACAAUCCCCAAGCCGUCCAGACUUCAUCCCCUUACAAAGGAAACAAAACGCGACCUGUAGUAGUUCCUCCAGGUGAUCUAGCAAAGGAAAAGCGUUUGUGCAAGAAAUGCCAUAGUGGCCCUGGAAUUAAACUAUGGAACAUCUCCUUGUCGUCCUCUAGCAUGGAAGAUAUCACAGUCACAGAGACCACAGAUGACACUAAUAAAAGGUCACUCUCUAUGGAUGGGGCCUAUAGAUGUCAUGCACAUAAAAGACUUUUGUCUUGCCAGUCUCAGAGUUCCAUUGAGGGGCUUGAAGAUUCUAAUGAGACUUGUUUGAGCGACAUUGAGCCAGCAGUCUCUAUCGCGCCACCCACUGUGACUGAAGGAGAGCUGCGACCAGGUCACCUCAAUGGCAAGAGAGAUACUUUGCGUCUGUCUCUGAGAGAAACAGUUUAUGACCCUGGCUCCCCAGGGUCUGGAAGGGGGCGGACAAGCCAAAGUGAGCUGCCCGUAAUAUUGCCAAACAGUCAACCAGAUUUACCUGAUGUUUGGAUCAAGAGGGAUGGAAGAGGUGAGGACAGCAGCUGAUUUAAUGAAUAAAACAGAUUAACAGAUAGACCUCAGUGUAUGCUCUUACUUUUACCACCAGGUUAAAUCCUGAACUUGUGGUGGUGUACUUGUACAGCGCAUCUGACAAUUUCAGUAUCUGAUUCAUCAUCAUAUCUGUAAAUGCUAACUAAACACAACAGAUCUGUAAAGGUCCCAUAUUAUAUUCAGUCUUUUUGAAUUGAAUUAAUUUCAUACUGUUACCGGCAAUGAUUUUACGAUAUAUCUUACUCAGAAAAUUUGGGACUGAUGCAACUGCAUGUCACAAACACUAAAAAGAUGUGUGAAGAAGCCUGUCCCACAUGGCCUUGGGUUGCUUUUUCAGAAUACAAAUAUUGUACAUAUUUUCAAAGGAUUUUGGUGCCUGAGAGCAGUCUACCUAAACCUUACAUAAAAGCAAUUUCCUCUUUUUAAAUACUCUACAUAAGGAAUAGGCAUAAACUAAUCUAGACUAAUCAUGUACAUGACUUCAUUUAAUUUGAAACAAUCGAAGUGGAAAAUGUGUAGAUUUUGAUCACGCUAAUCACUUGUAGGACACAACAUUUAUUGUCUUGAUACUAGAACUGUCUACAAGUCAGUGCACCUACCUUUAAUGAAGCAAUAAUUUGGCUUCACGUGUGGUGGAGGAAGUGUGGGAACUGGCUGCAACUAAAUCUGGAGAAAAUUGGGUAAACACAUAAUACAAAACAAAAUAAGGCACUCAUUUUGAAUCCCUGCAGGAUCUGAGAGCUUGCCAAUUAAUGAGUCCUUUAAUACAAAGAUGUAUGUCUUUGAUAAAAUAUGUGUUUAAUAUUUUCUUAAUUAUUUGCCAAUAUAUACCUUUGUUUCGUCUUGUGACUGGCAGUGUAUUUAUAUGUUUAUUUUGUUCAGACCGCCACUGAGCUAAAAGCCAACUAAGUGAAAAGUUUAUAUUCAAAUAUUUAAAGUCCUCAAACAUAAUUUAAUAAUUUAUUGUUUUACUUAUCAUACAGAAGACUUAACUACCAGAAUUGUAUUUGAUGUAUUAUAGUCUUUUAACUUAUGCAUUGUGCUUAGAAUUUAGAUAAUACAUAUUUACAGUGUAAUUUUUUAAAAAUUGAGUGUUAAAGAUCAACAUAGUGUUAAAGUCGACAUAUCAAUCUAUAAAUAAAUAAAGCCAUGCAUUUUUUUAUUUAAAAUUGAAAUAAAAUUUAAAACUGACUUUCAGGUAAUAAAAAAGGCAGUGAACCCUUUAUAUUUGUUUCAUAAUAAAUGGACCAAUACAAAUGGUUCAAAAAUGACUUGGAAUAAAAUCUUACUUGUUUAUUGGCCAAGAAAUAUGUUUAUUACAUGUCUCAUACCCAAAUACACUACUCAAACAUUCCAUAGCUGAUGGGCCUGAUCGCCUGUGCUGUAUUCACUUUUCAUAAAGUAAUAUCUGCAUAAAAGAAGGGGGAAAAAAAGUCUCAUUUGGUUUCUCGGACUAUCUAAGUGGAUUAUUGUUAUAUACCUGGUUUUUAUCAGGAUAGGUUGUUUUAGGGUAAUUUGCUGUAUAUGCACACUAACAUGUUUUAGUUUUAAUUUAGUUAGAAACUUUGUAACUCCACAUGAUAGGAAAACCAAUAUUCCAAUUGUACUAUGAAAGUAGUUUGAACAUUUGCACAGUCUUUUGAAAAGCAAAGCUUUCAAGGUUUUAAUUAUUUUACCUGAUGUUAAGAUCUUUUUCUUUUCUUUCAACAGUGACAAAAGAAAUAACAUUUAACAUUUUACUUCUGCCAUCAGAACUAAAUAUCUACCAAGCCAGUCAACUAAUAUGAUAUACGCAUGUGGUAAAAGAUAUUUUUCUGCUCCACACAUUGAAGUCUUGUCUCUAUAUGCCAUUAAUUGUUUGAAUGUUGUAUGAGCUUUAGCGUACCAAGACAGUUUUUUGUUUUUUUUUUUGCUGUGAAGUGUGUGCUAUGUUGUGGUCAUUUUUGAAUUAAUUUUUUAAAUUAAAUGAACAUAUUUGUUUAUCAAUAGUAACUACUGAAUGACUAUGGAAUGUAAAAAGAUAAAAAGCCAUUUAAUUAAAAAACAACAACAAAAAAAACUAAACUCUUUUAAUUAAAGAAUUGGACCUUUUGCCAUAUUUGUGCCACUAAUGGUGCAGGCCAAUUUAUCAUGCAUUCACACACUGAACUGGAUUACUAAUGGCUGCAUUGUUGAAUAUUGUUUGUAGUCCAUUUACUACAUUUUAUUAAACUGAGGUCAAUGUUUUGUUAGUAUGCCAGCAACCAAAAUGUCUGGAAUGCUGUCAUACCUUUCUAGUGUUCAAAGUGCCAAAUGUAAAAAUAACAAUUAUUUGUUAUAAACAAAGUGAUGUCACAUUUGAGAAACAUGAUGUUCUAAAAUUGUUUUAUGUCAAUAUGUGAUGUCAGAUUUAAAGUAUUAAGAAUGAACUAUUAUGUAAAUGUGACUGAGAAAGUCAAUAAAGAUUUAUAUUUUACUGA